AUGGCUACUAUUAAACAACUUGCCGAGCAGCAACAGCAAACUUCUACUCCCACUCUUUCCGCAGCAUUCAACAAGCCUCAACCCGUUGUUGAGUUACCUGUCGGCGAUAGCAAUCUACCUGAAAAAGACGCCGAUAAUAUUAACAAUAAACCAAAACGUUCAAAGAAACGCAAGUACUUGUUUCAACGUGAUUCUUUAGUGAAUCGAGAUUCUCCGGGAAAAGAUGGAAGCAGACGUCGAAAUCGACAUGAUAAUAUUCUCGACCCUGCGGACCUCGUUCACCCCGGCUACGAGAACGAAUUGGCCACAUUUCAUUUUGUUUACGACGCGGUUGUUGACCAUCUAUGCAUGGCUUUAGCGGAUCGUAAAAUCGAUCUCAACAGCAGUAAUCCCAAAAAACAUCCUCGUCAAAGUGACGAUAACAAUGGCCACCCAACUGUAACUCGCGAGAUGCGUAAGCGUUUGAAGAAAAAUCAUCCAAGGAAAUUAGUCAAAAAGUACGAGAGUGAGUUGAUUUCUUUCUUGGGGGGUCAAGUUAACAUCAAGAAAGGCGGUGAUGAAGAGAAGGAAAACGACGUUUCUGGGCAAGUUAUUGCUACUGCCACCACUACUAUUCAUUCGUCGUCCGACACUUCUGGCUGUCAGGAUGAAUGGAUUCAUAUCGAUGAAGUUAAGGAAGGAAAGUUGUCCUCUAACGAGGUGGAUACAGAACAUGAUGUGGUAAUCAUUGAAAAAGAACAGGACAUUGUCAAAAUGUCUAGUAUUAAACAUUCAAGAUCGAAUGAAGCCCAUGAGCCUCCCGCGCUUACACUUCAAGGAAACUUUUUAGUUUGGGAUAUUGACGAUAAGUUUUCACGUUGGGUGGUGCAUACGAUGUGUCGAUAUUAUGCAUUAAACUCAUUUAGUAGUGAUACUGAAGAGGGACGUCGUCUUACCUUCGUUUGCCAUCCAGGGUUCAUGGAUGAAACAGGUGGUGGACUUGACAAUGCGAAAUUACGCAUUAAGUUGCCAAAGAAAACAUUUUUUGAAUAUUUAUGUGUUUGA